AUGUCUCCCGAACCCCCGACACAGACCCGCCCGCUCACGUCGUGGAACCAGGCCGCGCUGCGCGGCUAUAUACGACAGGUCCAUUGCUUCGAGACAAAUGGCGGCCGUGCGGCCCUGGACAAGCUGAGUGAGACCCUUGACGAGGCUCUCCGAUGUGUGUGCUUGCGCACGCCUCACAUGGCUGGGAAACUGUCUCUCUCCAAGGAACAGCCGGGGGCGAUCCUUCUGCAUACGCGUGAUGACGAUCAUGUCACGCGGGUGGCGUGUGACGCGCGUAGCGACAAGAGCCUAGUCUAUGCAGAACUCCGAGACAAGGGUUUUCCGGCUGGGGCGUUUAUCGGGCCCGUGUUCGAUACCCCAGGCAUUCUUUCCGAACAAGGUCCUCCGAUUCCCGUUACCUGCUUUAAACUCAUUCUGGUGGAUGGCGGGAUACUCAUGUGUAUCUUCGUCUACCAUUCUGUCACGGAUGGGGUGGGCGUCAACAACUUCCUCUCUGCUGUAGCGACGGCAAUGAGAGACCCGAAAAUGUCUCCGGUAGAACCGCUGAGGUAUCCAAGCAGGAUUGACACUCCGGUGCCGUCCAACUCAAAGGCGAAGGGUAAGGACGCCGAAGUCGCCAGAAGAUUGAGCCAGCGGUGUCCAGAACUCACUUUGGCACAACCUGGCACUGAUCAUGGAAAUUACAUGGCCAGUAUAUACGGUGUGUCUAAAGUCAAAUUUGGCGGCAUCUUCGUAUUCGGCCCGGAGAAGGUGCGGUUGGCCAAAGAUGCCAUCAUGUCUGCCGGUUAUCACACCAAGCCGUCGACAUUCUCCUGUCUGGCCGCCCUUUCAUGGGCAUUCAUGACCACCACGCGGCUUCGAACGGUCGGCAUUGCGGAUAAGUCGAGAAAAGACGACACAAGGUGCCGUGUCUUUAUACCGACUUGGUGGGGAGACCGACUGUUCCAGAAGCAACUGAGCAGCUAUGGCGGAAAUGCAGUGGCCUUUACGGAAGCCGAGCAUGGCGCCACGGACCUGUUCAUAAUUUCGGAGCAUCUUUCCACUGACUUGUUACAUGCCAAAGGUGCGCUCAUGCGGGUGGUGCAGGCCAUUGAAGCGACGCUCGCCAACGUCGACGAAGAGUUUGUCAAGACGCGCUCGACGCUCUUCAACAGCGUCCCCGACCCGCGGCAGCUCCAGUACAGCUUCACGCCGUCUGAUCCCACGCAGCUCUUCUUCAACUCGUGGCGGCGGCUGGGCGCCGAUGUUGAGUGGACGAUCCCAACGGCUGCCGGCGCCAAGCGGAUGACGGCCGACGCGGUACGCAAGAGCCAGAGCGAAUGGAACGAGAGCGCAGGCUUGAUCAUGCCGGGUAGGCGAGACAAGCUGGAGUAUGAGGCUGUUUUGAGUUCAGAUGCCGACUCCAUGAAUGCGCUACGAAACAACGCAGCAUGGAAGAGCUGGGUUGACAGUGAGAUUUUUUGA